AAUCAGGGAAGUCAGGGUUAAUCAGCUCCUUUGAACACUUGGAUCCAGAUCUCAUUUUUUAAAAGAACCAAAUCUUUUUCUUUCCCAUCUUUAUGCAUACCCUGAUUUACCCUGAUUAAUGCUAAAGCAACACAAGAGUCACCACAGAAGCAGAACAAGCUCUACAGUGUGAUGGUCUAGAGCUUGUACUACAGUGACAUCUACUGGCGGAACAGGAGUAUCACAUGCGCCGCUGUUUUGAUAUGGUUUGUACUGAGCUGCGGAAGCUAACAGCACCACAGCAGAUCCAGGCUCUGGCAGGAUGGACUUGAGCAGUCACACAUCCACAGCUCAGCUGGUGGUUUUGGCCACGAGUUCAGCCCUCACAGCUCUGUUUUAUUCAAUUUACAAGAACAGAGUCACCACUGCCAACAGACUCAAGGGAGCAAAAAAGGUGUCUAUUGACCAGGACCUGAAAGAGCUCCUGUCUGAAGCCCCGGGCAAAUGUGUCCCUUACGCCGUCAUAGAGGGUGCGGUGAAAGCUGUGAAUGAAACCCUGAGUAGCCAGUUUGUCGAUAACUGCAAAGGUGUGAUCGAGCGCCUGACGCUAAAGGAGAAGAAGAUGGUCUGGAAUCGCACCACUCACCUCUGGAACCACACAGAGAAAGUGAUCCACCAGCGCACCAACUCUGUCCCGUUCGCCAUCGGCUCCCUGGAUGAGAGCAUCUCCACCUGCGUCCGAGUCGUACGCCCCCUAGAGGCCUCCGCGCUCGAACUGGAGACCACUUACCAAAACUUCCACCCCGCCGUUCAGUCCUUCACGAGCACUAUCGGCCAUUUUAUCAGCGGAGAGCGACCUAAAGGCAUCCACGAGAUCGAGGAGAUGCUAAGGGUAGGGGAUAGCGUAACCGGAGUUGGCGAGCUCGUUCUUGACAACAGCCUUAUCAAGCUACAACCACCCAAAGAAGGCUACUGCUACUUUCUUAGCCGCUCAGAUUACGACUCGUUGCUGAGAAAACAAGAGAGUAGCGUCCGAAUGUGGAAGAUUAUCACGAUUAUUUUCGGCGUAGCGGCCUGCUCGACGUUGGUCUAUAUCUUGUGGAAGAAAGUCGCGCAUUAUCGGCAAAAAAAGCGCAAAAGGGGCUUGAUGGAGGAGUUCGAGGAGCAGCAGAGACAGAGAAUACAAGAUCUAAACUUGGAUGAAAGCACCAUUUCGCCCUCAAGUUGUACGGUUUGUUUAAAUCGCGAGCGGGAUUGCGUUUUUCUAGAGUGUGGACAUGUGUGCGCUUGUCUCCAGUGUUACGAGUUUUUACCCAGGCCCAAGAAAUGUCCGAUAUGUAGAAGUGCUAUAGACAGAGUGGUGCCGCUGUACAAUAGUUAAUAAAUGAAUGUAUGUGGUUAUUAAAGUGCAUUUGACAGAUUAAGAUUGUUUUCUAAUUGGGUAAAUAUUCAUCAUAAUUUGACAACAGUUUCAUGUCAAUUUGUGAAGAAAAGUAGAAGACAAAAAGUUGCAAAAUACAGGAAUACCUCUACUUAUGUCGUCAACACACAAGGAAGACAUUAAACAUAGAUUUAACUAUAUAAAGGUGUUAUUUUUAUUUAUUAAAUCAUAUCUUGUGUAAUUUGUUGUGCAAGGUUUGGCCAUUAUUAACAUGGUUGCUAGGAAACAUACCUCUAGGUAUGUCAUAUCUGCUGCCCGUAUAGGAUGCACAAUUAUAACCUUUACCAAAAUUACAACCCUACUAGAAAAGACCAGGCAAAUUUUUGUUGUAAAAAAUUGUGUCUAAUGAUAACUGUUUUAGCUGAAUGAGCAGUCUAACCUGUCAUAUGCACUUUAAUGGUAUGCUAAUGUAAGGAUUCUUAAAACAAUUAAUCUGUGAAACUGUAUUUAAAAGUGCUUCUCAUACAAGACUGUAACCCACAAAGUGCUUCACAUGUUCACUUAAAGGUGCACUAUGUAACUUUUCUGGUGAGAGGGAGGGGUGCUACUUGUCACUAUGGAGAUGUUAUUGCUUUCCCAAAAAAUGUGUUGUGUGGCACUGAACUUAUGACAUAUGACAUUUAUUAAAGUUCAGGUGUUUUGAUUGCUCAAAAAAUACCUCUGAACAUGUAGUGGGAUUUCCUCUCCGCAGAUCGGACCUGUAACUUGGCCUGGUGGUAUCACCUGCUUGUGUUGAUGGAGAUUGAUUGAAGUUUAAUGCCAUACCGUGGAACAAUCUUAAGCAAAGCAAUAAUAUCUCCAUGGAGAAGCAGGUGGCAGACCCUUUACCAGAAAAAAGCUGCAAUAUGAUGUAAACGUGUAACGUGAUCUGUCUUGACCUGUGGUUCAUUUACCGUCCAUUCACUUUGAUGCUGUUCUUACCUCAAUCACAACACAUAUAGAGACUACUUUUGCGCACAUUUCUGGUUUGCAAUUGUUGUUAAAGCCACUGUACCUGAUUUUUACCGUUUUAAAAACGUGAAAAACAGAGCUAGUUCAUUUUAAAGUUCAUUUUGAGCAUCCUAAUUAUUCACUGUGAUGAAUUUAUAAGCACUUUUCACAACUUUCAGACACCAGAGCGGAGUUUGCCAUCACGGUAAUGCUAACAACAAUAGCAGGCUAACAUGCACUUACUGAUUAUCGGUCAACAAAACUCUUCAUAAUAGAUGCAGAAAAUACACAGUGGACUUAUAUUGACGUCAAUAGCUGCUUAUACAAUAUAUCUGCUGCUCAAAUACAUGGAAAAUCAGGUACAGGGCCUUUUAGUUAAAAUUUACUGCAAAAGCUUUAAAUGCGUAUAAAUUAUUGUUUUAGGAUAUGGUGUGAAAAUACGUGACCCAAAUGUGUACUUAAUUACUCUAAAAAGGCAACGUAAAGCAUAACAUGGGAACUUCGUAUUUAAGGGAGAAGUGUGUGACUAAAUCAUCUGGACAAACAAUUAAGAUGAACAUGUUUGUGAUCAAUAUCUCAAGCAAUAAAAUCGAUACAGCAGU